UGAGAUUGGCAGCUAGCUAGUCAACUUUCCGAGAAAAAAACAAAGUCUCAGAACUAGCUUAAUAUUCAUGGCUAUUGAAGAAGGCAUUGAAGAUUACACACAAGAUGGUACUGUUGAUCUUAAAGGAAACCCAGUUCGCAGAUCCAAGAGAGGCGGAUGGCGAGCUUGCUCCUUUGUUGUUGUGUAUGAGGUGUUUGAAAGAAUGGCGUAUUAUGGAAUAUCGUCAAAUUUGGUUGUGUAUUUGACGGAGAAGCUCCAUCAGGGGACUGUGCAGUCGUCUAAUAACGUCACCAACUGGGUUGGGACGAUCUGGGUCACUCCUAUCUUGGGUGCGUAUUUAGCGGAUGCACACCUCGGGCGUUACUGGAUCUUCGUCAUCGCUUCUAUCAUUUAUCUCAUGGGGAUGAGUUUACUAACGCUAUCAGUAUCAAUACCGGGGCUAAAGCCACCUCCCUGCAAUCAAGCCAAUGUGGGAGACUGUAAAGAGGCCUCCACAUUCCAGUUGGUAGUCUUCUUCGGUGCACUGUAUAUUCUAGCUCUGGGAACCGGUGGAACCAAGCCGAAUAUCUCCACAAUUGGAGCAGACCAGUUCGAUGAUUUUGAGCCCAAGGAGAAGGCACAUAAGCUCUCCUUCUUCAACUGGUGGAUGUUUAGUAUUUUCUUUGGGACUCUCUUUGCCAACACAGUUCUUGUGUACAUACAGGACAAUGUGGGGUGGACAUUAGGCUAUGCCCUUCCAACUCUCGGGCUUGCUAUAUCCAUUGGGAUUUUCUUGGCUGGCACACGCUUUUACAGGCACAGGGUUCCAACAGGGAGCCCGUUUACAAGGAUGGCAAGAGUCAUUGUUGCUGCCUUGAGAAAAUGGAAUGUGAGACUGCCUAGUGACCCCAAAGAACUCUAUGAACUUGACUUGGAAGAAUAUGCAAAGAAAGGCAAGUUCAGGAUAGAUUCUACUCCAAGUUGGAGGUUUCUUAAUAGAGCUGCAGUGAAAACAGGCUCAACUGAUCCUUGGCUGCAAUGCUCAGUGACACAAGUAGAGGAAACUAAACAAAUGUUGAGAAUGCUCCCAAUCUUGAUUGCCACAUUUAUUCCAAGCACAAUGAUUGCACAGAUCAACACCCUUUUUGUCAAGCAAGGCACUACUCUUGAUAGAGCUGUUGGCAGCUUCAAGAUUCCCCCUGCAAGUUUAGCAGGAUUUGUGACUAUCUCAAUGCUUGUUUGUGUGGUUUUAUAUGACCGAUAUUUUGUUAAAAUUAUGCGAAGGUGGACGAAAAAUCCUAGAGGGAUCACACUCCUUCAAAGAAUGGGAAUUGGCCUUUUUCUACAUAUCAUUAUCAUGACAAUUGCAUCUUUAACAGAGAGAUAUAGACUAAGUGUUGCCAAGGAGAAUGGAGUAGUUCAAAAUGGAGGCAAAGUUCAUUUAACAAUAUUCGCUCUACUUCCUCAAUUUGUGCUUAUGGGAACAGCUGAUGCAUUCCUGGAGGUGGCUAAGAUUGAGUUCUUCUAUGAUCAGGCACCGGAGAGUAUGAAGAGUCUUGGAACUUCUUAUUCAAUGACUACUUUAGGAAUUGGAAAUUUCUUGAGUAGCCUUCUUCUUUCGACUGUUUCUCAUAUCACUCAGCAGCAUGGCCACCAAGGAUGGAUCCUAAACAAUCUAAAUGCUUCUCAUUUGGACUACUAUUAUGCGUUUUUCGCUAUAUUGAACAUCUUGAACUUCUUCUUCUUCUUGGUUGUAUCAAGGUCAUAUGUUUACAAGGCUGAAGUUUCAGAUUCAAUGGAGGUGCUUACAGAGGAAUUGAAGAUUACUAGAUUAAGGGAAUCUAGACAUGAAGUGUCUGGGACACAAGACCAUCGGAUGAUUCACACAGAAGAAGAAUCCUAACAAGAUUCAGAAUUAAAAUUCAACUGUGUCACCUGGGCUUGGUUUUUUUGAGUAUAGGAUGUUGUAUGUAUCAGAAAUUUGACAUUUGAAUGUAAUAAAAAAUCUCAGGUUUCAGAUCCA